AUGGAUUAUCAGAAUAGAGCAGGUUCUAAGAAAGGAGGUGGUGGUGUUGCCAGUGCAAGUGAAGCAAAUGCUUAUAGAAGAGAACGUAUAAAGAAAUUAGUUUCCAAUACAAUUGAUAUUGAUAAUGAUCCAUAUGUUUUCAAAAACCAUGUUGGAUUAUUAGAGUGUCGACUCUGUUUAACUACACAUUCGACACCUGAAUCGUUUUUAACUCAUACUCAAGGUCGUAAACAUCAAAUGAAUUUACAAAAAAGAUCAAUAUUUGAACAAAAACAUAAUAAUAAUAAUCUUUCAAAUUUGGAAAAAUCAGGUAUAAGUGGGAUCCAAACAAAGAAAAGUGUGAAUAAGAUAGGGAAACCUGGUUAUAAAGUUAUGAAGAUUAGACAUCCAGAAUCUUUAGAAAUUGGUUUAUUAAUUAAUGUUAAAUUUCCAAAAUUGAAUAAAGAUGAAAUUCCUCAAUAUAGAUUCAUGAGUGUUUAUGAAUCAAAUUUGGAGAAGGUUAAAGAUGAUAGAUUUCAAUUAUUAAUAGUUUCUGGUGAUCCUUAUGAAAAUAUUGCUUUCAAGAUACCUUCAAAAGAGAUUUAUAGAAAUGAUGAUGAUAAUAGUAAUAAUAGUAAUGAUUUCUGGACUUUUUGGGAUGAAGAUACAAAAGAGUUUUAUAUUCAAUUUUUUUACAAAGGUGUAUCAUAA